AUGAUCCCAAUUCUCUUAAUAUUAUCUGUCUUGUUGAUUGGGACAGAUGGCGCUGUAAUCUGUUACGAAUGUUAUGCGAAUUCCACGGAGCAGGGGAAGUAUUGUUCUAUUGAUAAGCUUUGUGAGGGGACUUCGUGCUAUUUUCAACUGAACACAGACAACAGUUGGUCAGCCGGUUGCUCCUCAACCCUAUCCACCACUGCCAAUGUCACUUGUUCUGCGUCAACCUCUACGUCUACAGUAUCCUCUAGUUGUUCAUGUAAUUCGGAUUUCUGUAAUUCGUUGGCAAAAUCAAAGAGUGCUCUGGUAACCAGUUCUCAGAGUAGUGGUGGUGGAAGAGGAAAAGGAUGGUGGGGUAUUGGAAGAGGACAGGGAAACAGUAAUAAUGGAGAAUCCUCCACCAUCAAUCUAACACUUCCGGAUCGAAAUUUUGUUCAUUGUGAAGAAUGUGGAAGUGUUACUGUUGGUAGUACAACUAUUCAAAUCCCUUGUGACCAUAAUCAUACAUGCGAGGGUAAUUAUUGUGUGUCAGUCCGUGGACAAGCCCCAUACUCGUACUGCGGUGGUGUUUGGGAUGUGGAGAAGGCUGCCGGAUGUUACUACGAUGAAGACGAUAUGGAGACGUGCCUCUGUUCCAUGAAUAUGUGCAAUUUUUUAAGGGAUCCAGCACCAUUGAUGACAACACAAGCACUAUCGGAUCCAACACUCGCCACUCUGCUUCCACCUCUCGUUCUCGGAGAAGAAAAUGCGGUGACUCCUGGAAUUGUAGUUCCAGAGGUUACGGUAGCCACAGGAACACCAGGAACUACAGUUAAACCCACUACAAAGAGAAAGUGUAAAAACGCAAAACUGUCGCCAAACGAUCAGGCAGUUUUCAUGGGUGAGAAGCUGAAGAAUGUGAUUUUGGGUGGUUUUGGAUCCGGGGAUGGAGCUGUUCAGAACUUCGAGGAUGACAUUAACGAUCACAUUUGCAACUAUUCGGAUGAUGAGUGA